CCAGCGGCGUACGGCCGGCAGCUCGCUGACGCACACGGCAGCAAUCGCCAUGGCCGCCACUUCCCUCGCCUCCUCCGCCGCGCACCGCCGCCUCCGCCUCUUCCCCUCCACGCGCUCUACUGCUGGCUCCAUUCUCAGGACCCCCCACCGAGGCCGCCUCCCGUCCGUACUAUGCUCGUCGUCGUCGUCGUCGUCGUCUUCGUCUCCUCAGCCCACCGCCGGCGGUGAGGAGGAGGAGGCGGGGCAGGAGAGGAGGCUGUCGAAGCAGUCAUCGUGGGAGGCGAAGGACUCCGAGGGCGAUGACUACCUCUACCGCCUCGGGAAGGAGGCCGACAACAUGAACAUCGCCGUCGGCGCGCGGAGCGGCAUCGUCGACGAUCUCUUCGUUGGCAAUUUCCUCGGCAAAGACUCGGAUAUUGUGUUCGAUUACCGGCAGAAAGCGACCAGAACAUUUGAGUACCUGCAAGGAGAUUAUUACAUCGCACCUCUCUUCCUAGAUAAAGUUGCAUGUCAUAUUGUGAAGAACUACAUUGCACAUCUUCUUAAUAUCAAGAUUCCCCUUAUACUUGGAGUCUGGGGUGGAAAAGGCCAAGGGAAAACAUUCCAGACUGAACUUAUAUUUAGAGCAAUGGGUGUUGAACCGGUUAUUAUGUCUGCUGGAGAAUUAGAAUCUGAGAAAGCAGGAGAACCUGGGAGGCUUAUUCGUGACAGAUACAGGACAGCCUCUCAAGUAAUUCAAAACCAAGGUAAAAUGAGUUGUUUGAUGAUCAAUGACCUAGAUGCUGGUGUUGGAAGAUUCGGCAAUACACAAAUGACAGUAAACAACCAAAUUGUUGCUGGAACAUUAAUGAACUUGGCGGAUAAUCCGACCAGGGUUAGCAUUGGCCAGAAAUGGAGAGAAUCUGAUGUAACACACAGAGUGCCAAUAAUAGUAACUGGAAAUGAUUUUUCAACACUAUAUGCUCCCUUGAUUCGUGAUGGAAGGAUGGAAAAGUUCUAUUGGCAACCUGACCGUGAAGAUAUAAUUAACAUUGUUCACCGGAUGUAUACAAAGGAUGGGUUGUCUUUUGAGGAUGUAUCUAAAAUUGUAGACACUUUUCCAAACCAAGCUCUGGACUUUUAUGGAGCUUUGCGGUCCAGGACAUAUGAUCGGGCAAUCUUGAAGUGGGUAGAAGAGAUUGGUGGUCAUGAACAGCUAAAUGAGAAGCUUCUCAAGCGAAAGAAAGGAGAGAAGCUUCCAACAUUUAUUCCUCCAGAGACAACUGUAGAUGCAUUGAUCGAAUCUGGGAACUCACUGGUGAAAGAGCAAGAGCUGAUAAUGAAUUUGAAACUGUCGAAAGAGUACAUGAAAAAUUUGGAUGAUUAGUUCAAAACACAAAGGCAAGUAGGGAAAGUACUCGAGAUAUGCACGAUUGAAAGAACAGAUGUCAUCGUCGCCUGGCUCUCAUUAUUGCCAGAAGUUGUCUCGUACUCCAGUUGACAUGGUAGGCUUUUUCAGGCUUUGUAUGGUAUGGCACAAGGAUACAAAAUGGUCCAUGCAUUAUGAAGCAAAAGCGUCCAAACGUUACAGAAUGGAGGCAGAGAAAUUACCUGAAGGACUGUCUUGUAGUUUCUAUGUAUUUGGAUUUGCAUCAGGACAAAGACUCAUUUUGUAGUAUGGAUUAUCUCACAUUGAAUUAUCACUUCUACCCCUAAUUUCAAGGUGAAAUUGCAUGCACGUGAGAACAAAAUAAAUGUCAUGCAUCAAGUUUGUAUGCAUGCAUGCUCACGGCAUGCGAUGCUUAUUUAAUGCGGUAAUAAAACCAA